AUGGCCUACUGGGCGAUAGCGACUCGCAAAGGGUCGCCACCGAUGAAGAUCACACCAGUGCUGAAUCCAAAUCAACGUGAAUUCCUCGAGGAUGAGCUGCUCUACCGCGAAAAACUAGAAAUACUAGCCGAGAACAACACGAUCAGCACUGACCUAUUUGUGCGGAAAUUCGAGGAUAUCGACGAUCCCGUGCUGCUGGAUAAACACGAUUCCUUCCAUCAUACCACCAAAAGUUUGCUGGUGCUGUUCCAGAGAAUGGGUGUUAUGCCGAUACAUCGCAAUCCGCAGAAGCCGGGUAUGCCACGCACCGGCUACUCUUGGACAUCAAAACAGGUCUUCUGGGCCAUAUGUGUUUUCUUGAUGCAAACAACGAUAGUGAUAUUGGUGUUGCGUGAGCGCGUGAAUACAUUUCUCAACGAUUCCGAUCGGCGCUUCGACGAGGCAAUCUACAAUGUGAUCUUCAUAAGUUUAUUAUUCACGAAUUUCCUUUUGCCGGUUGCAAGUUGGCGACAUGGACCGCAGGUGGCGAUCUUCAAGAAUAUGUGGACGAAUUAUCAAUUGAAGUUCUUGAAAGUGACUGGCUCACCGAUUGUAUUCCCCAAUCUAUAUCCGCUCACCUGGAGUUUGUGUUUCUUCUCGUGGGGUGUGAGUAUUGCGAUCAAUUUGUCGCAAUACUAUUUGCAGCCCGAUUUCAAGUUGUGGUACACUUUCGCAUACUAUCCGAUUAUUGCUAUGCUAAACGGUUUCUGCAGCUUGUGGUAUAUUAACUGUACAGCUUUUGAUACCGCUAGUCGCGCUCUAUCCGCCUCACUGGAAUUAACAAUGAUGGGUGAUAAACCAGCGAAGAAGCUCACCGAAUAUCGUCAUCUUUGGGUAGAUUUAGGUCACAUGACGCAGCAACUAGGACGCGCUUACUCCAACAUGUAUGGCAUGUACUGUCUGGUCGUAUUCUUCACAACCAUCAUUGCUACUUAUGGUUCACUGAGUGAAAUUAUGGAUCAUGGCGCUACUUAUAAGGAAGUUGGUCUCUUCGUUAUCGUAUUCUAUUGCAUGAGUCUACUCUAUAUCAUUUGCAAUGAGGCCCAUUAUGCCACACGGAGUGUCGGUUUGGAUUUUCAAACGAAGCUCUUGAAUGUGGAUCUCACCGCUGUGGAUAGCGCUACUCAAAAAGAGGUAGAAAUGUUUCUAAUGGCUAUAACGAAGAAUGCGCCGAUAAUGAAUUUGGACGGUUAUGCUAAUAUUAACAGAGAACUAAUCACGUCAAAUAUUUCAUUCAUGGCUACUUACUUGGUGGUGUUGUUGCUAUUCAAAAUUACCGAACAGCGGAAUUACCCUUUGAAACAGAGCAGAAUGGAGUCGCCAAUGGAGGAAUGA